AUGGUUGGUCUGUGUGGACCGUGGUGCUGGGUGCGAGGAGGGCAGCCCGUGCCCUCAGCCGGUCGACGUGACGGCAUGUUAUCGCAUGCAUUAUUCAACGAGUGGCGAAAGCGGCAAUUUGCGACAAUAUCCACUGAUUCGCAGAAUCGGCCCACUGUGGAGUCGCCGACAAACCAUAAAACAGGAUGGCCGUCACUCAAUAACUAUGUUGAAUUUAAAUAA